UCUCGGACACAGGACCAGCUGGCUUUACCGCCCUGUUUUCCUUCAUGCGUGGACUGGGGGAAAGAUCCAUUCCGUGAGUUAACCCGUCUCUGGCCGUUCUGUAGCUCCAUGUGAAAUUCAGCUGGCGUAUUCUCUCCACCUCCUGUUCCCCACCGUGAUCUUUCCCCGGAUGCAAAAUGGUGGAUCCAGUGGGGUUUGUGGAGGCUUGGAAAGCCCAGUUUGCAGACUCCGAGCCUCCCAAGAUGGAGCUGAAAUCUGUGGGAGAUAUCGAGCAGGAGCUGGAGAUGUGCAAAGCCUCUAUCCGGAGGCUGGAGAUGGAGGUCAACAAGGAGAGGUUCCGUAUGAUUUACCUGCAGACUCUCUUGGCAAAGGAGAAGAAGAGCUACGACCGACAGAGGUGGGGUUUCAAGAGGAUUUCCCAGUUGCCUGAAGGGGAUGCAGAGCAGCAGAACCAAGACCCACAUCAUCACCAAACCACCGAGCAAGGGGAUCCAGAAAAAAACAAACCCCACCACGGAGAGGAGAAGUUCAAGCCAAGGAUACCUUCUCUGAGGAAGCUGUCCAUCCAGAGCGAUGGGUCGGAUCUGUUGCCCUUGGAGAGCUCCCACCAUGGGGAAGGGGAGCAAGACAGGUGUAAAUACUACAGUGAAGAGAAACUGAAGAGAGUGGGGGAAGAUACGGAGAAUCGCUGUGAUAUGGAUGGAUCCCCUUCAAAACACAGGCCCUCUUCCACUCGCAGGCUGGUGGGCUCCACUGAGAAAGAGGGGUCCUUUGAGCCUCUUGCUAAGGACAAAGGGAAUGCCACCAGUGUGGCAGCACUAAGGUCCAACUUUGAGAGGAUUAAAAAGGUUAAUUCACAUUCUUCUAGUGAUAGCAAGGAUGCUGCUGAGAAGCCCUUCUAUGUGAACAUGGAGUACCACCAUGAGAAGGGUUUAGUGAAGGUCAAUGAUAAAGAUGUUUCUGAUAAAAUAAGCUCCCUUGGUAGCCAAGCCAUGCAGAUGGAACGCAAAAAAUCCUUGCACUCCCUCCCUCCUAAUGUGGUACCCAGCUUUAAUGAGUUCCAGAGGCCGGCCUACCGGGGAAGGUCUUCUGAGAGCAGCUUUGGCUAUGAUGGAGAAUAUGAGGAUGCUGAACUGAACCCCAGGUUUCUGAAAGACAACCUAAUAAAUGUUAAUGGAGGCAAUCGACCACCUUGGCAACCAAUGGAUUUUCAGCCCUACCAAAGCAUCUAUGUGGGUGGGAUGAUGGGGGAAGGAGAAAGCAAAGGACCCGUACUGCGGAAUCAGAGUGCCUCUGAUCAGGAAAAGCAUCUUACCUGGCCCAGGAGGUCUUAUUCCCCAAGGAGUUUUGAGGACAUUGGGGGAGGGUAUACCCCAGAUUGUAGCUCUAAUGAGAACCUCACAUCCAGUGAGGAAGAUUUCUCUUCAGGGCAGUCUAGCCACGUUUCCCCCAGCCCCACCACUUACCGCAUAUAUCGGGAGAAAAGCCGUUCUCCAUCCCAAAAUUCUCAACAGUCCUUCGACAGCAGCAGCCCACCAACCCCCCAGUCUCAAAAGCGGCACAGGCAACAGCCAGUCAUCGUGUCUGAAGCCACUAUUGUGGGAGUACGGAAAACAGGACAGAUCUGGCCAAAUGAUGGAGAUAUGCCAUCUGGGAGAGGUCCUCAGGACAGCUGUUUCCAUGGAGAUGCAGAUGCUUCGUUCAGUGGAACGCCACCUAGUUAUGCCUAUGAUGCAGACCGUGCCGAAGAACAGCGGCGACACCAUGACAUGAUGCCCUAUAUCGAUGACUCUCCAUCCUCGUCACCCCAUCUCAGUUCCAAGAGUCGGGGCAGCCGAGAUACUCUCUCCUCAGGGUCUUUGGAAUCCACAAAAUCAAGUGAGCCAGACUUGGAGAAGGGCUUGGAGAUGAGAAAAUGGGUCCUGUCUGGAAUCCUAGCCAGUGAGGAAACCUACCUGAGCCACCUAGAGGCUCUGCUGCUGCCCAUGAAGCCUUUGAAGGCUGCUGCCACCACUUCUCAGCCUGUACUGACCAGUCAGCAGAUUGAGACUAUUUUCUUCAAAGUGCCUGAGCUGUAUGAGAUCCACAAAGAGUUCUAUGAUGGGCUCUUUCCCCGCGUCCAGCAGUGGAGUCACCAGCAGCGUGUCGGAGACCUCUUCCAGAAACUGGCCAGCCAGCUGGGAGUGUACAGGGCCUUCGUGGAUAACUAUGAGGUUGCCAUGGAGACGGCAGAGAAAUGCUGCCAGGCCAAUGCUCAGUUUGCUGAAAUCUCCGAGAAUCUCAAGGCCAGAAAUACAAAGGACUCAAAAGAUCAGACAACCAAAAACUCCUUGGAAACUCUGCUGUACAAGCCAGUGGAUCGAGUGACACGCAGCACGCUUGUUCUUCAUGAUUUACUGAAACACACUCCAGCAAGCCACCCCGACCACCCGCUCCUGCAGGAUGCUCUGCGCAUCUCUCAGAACUUCUUGUCCAGUAUCAACGAGGAGAUCACACCCCGCAGACAAUCUAUGACUGUCAAGAAGGGAGAGCACCGGCAGCUCUUGAAGGACAGUUUCAUGGUGGAGCUGGUAGAGGGGGCUCGGAAGCUGCGCCACGUCUUUCUUUUCACUGACCUGUUCCUGUGCGCCAAGCUCAAGAAGCAGCUUGGAGGGAAAAGCCAGCAGUAUGAUUGUAAAUGGUACAUUCCGCUCACAGACCUCAGCUUCCAAACUGUGGAUGAGUCCGAGGCAGUGCCCAACAUCCCACUCGUGCCUGAUGAGGAGCUGGAUGCCAUGAAGAUCAAGAUCUCCCAGAUGAAGAAUGACAUCCAGCGAGAAAAGAGGGCUAACAAGGGCAGCAAGGUCAUUGAGAGGUUGAAAAAGAAGCUGUCUGAGCAGGAAUCUCUGCUGUUGCUGAUGUCUCCCAACAUGGCUUUCCGGGUUCACAACCGGAACGGCAAGAGUUACACAUUCCUCAUCUCGUCAGACUACGAACGGGCAGAGUGGAGAGAGAACAUCCGGGAGCAGCAGAAGAAAUGCUUUAAAAGCUUUUCGCUCACGUCCGUGGAGCUCCAGAUGCUGACAAACUCCUGCGUCAAGCUUCAGACCGUCCACAACAUCCCCCUCACCAUCAAUAAAGAAGAUGACGAAUCGCCCGGGCUCUAUGGAUUCCUGAACGUCAUUGUUCAUUCUGCCACGGGGUUCAAGCAGAGCACAAACCUGUACUGCACGUUGGAGGUGGAUUCCUUUGGAUAUUUUGUGAACAAAGCUAAGACCAGAGUUUACAGGGACACUACGGAGCCCAAUUGGAAUGAGGAGUUUGAGAUCGAGCUGGAGGGAUCGCAGACCCUACGGAUUCUGUGCUAUGAAAAAUGCUAUAAUAAAACCAAGCUCACCAAAGAAGAUGGAGAGAUCACUGAUCGAAUCAUGGGGAAAGGCCAGAUCCAGCUGGAUCCUCAGGUGUUACAGGAUAAAGACUGGCAACGCACAGUCAUCUCAAUGAAUGGAGUUGAAGUGAAGCUGUCAGUGAAAUUUACCAGCCGGGAGUUUAGUCUGAAAAGAAUGCCAUCUCGUAAACAGACCGGGGUCUUUGGAGUCAAGAUUGCCAUUGUCACCAAGAGAGAGAGAUCAAAGGUGCCUUACAUUGUGCGCCAGUGCGUGGAGGAGAUAGAGCGACGUGGGAUGGAGGAGGUGGGCAUCUACCGUGUCUCUGGGGUUGCAACUGAUAUCCAAGCUUUGAAAGCUGCUUUUGAUGUCAACAACAAAGAUGUGUCCGUGAUGAUGAGCGAGAUGGAUGUUAAUGCCAUUGCAGGGACAUUAAAAUUAUACUUCAGAGAACUGCCUGAACCCCUCUUCACAGACGAACUGUACCCCAACUUUGCUGAGGGCAUUGCACUUUCAGACCCUGUUGCAAAGGAAAGCUGCAUGCUGAACUUACUGCUCUCGCUUCCAGAACCCAGCCUCGUGACAUUCCUUUUCCUUCUGGACCAUUUAAAAAGGGUUGCCGAGAGAGAGAGCAUCAACAAGAUGUCCCUGCACAACCUGGCAACUGUCUUUGGACCAACGCUGCUCAGACCCUCAGAGAAGGACAGUAAGAUUCCUGCUAACCCAACCCAGCCUAUAACAAUGACUGAUAGCUGGUCACUAGAAGUCAUGUCCCAGGUUCAAGUUCUUCUUUACUUCCUGCAGUUGGAGACUAUCCCCACCCCAGACAGCAAAAGGCAAAGCAUCCUCUUUUCCACAGAGGUAUAGGAGUCUGGUCACAACAAGGGGGCUUGUAGAACUGUUCUUGGUGUGAACCUGCCACUCUGAGAACAGGAGGACUGUUUCUUCUUCAGACAUUACUGGCCUGCUCCUGUCAUGAGGAAGCAUAGCCUUCAGUGCUUCUGCUGUUUGUCAAACAGAGCUAAGCUGAAGAGAAAGGAGAAACUCCCUCUAGUUUUGAUCUGUAGAAUAGGGAAGAAUUGGACUGGACAUGGAGCUGUGCUGAAAGGCUCCACUAGAAGGAACAACAGACACUUUAACAAAUGCAACACAGAGUGCGGUUGUUGCUCUUGGGAAGGUGAGAAGGUAUUCCUCAUUUUUAUGGAUGAAAUUGAUCAUCAAGAAGCUUCAAGCUUUCUACACGAACACUUGUCAGAAUGCCCUUCUGGGGUGAGAGGAGAAUUAAAGGCUAUAUCACAAGUGUGUCUUUAAUAACUGCUGUUUUAAAGUACUGUUCUGGGCCACAGAGAAUAGUAUCAUUCAGCAAGGGGAUCUUUGAUUCCUCCACUGAGAAAUUCAAGUCUUGAUUUGAACAGGGUUUUUAAAAAAUAAACUAGAAGUUUUGUGUACAACUGGACCUGUUGUUUUUUUGUCUCUCUCCUACCCCUUCCCUUGUAAAUGUUUGUACAAACUCUAGGAAAGGGGGUAUCCUUUUCUUGCCUCUUUGUUGCACUUCUGACCUUUUCUUUUGGUGUCAAAGGAGCCAGACCCACUUGCAUUAUACAACAAAUAAGUACAGUACAUGAAAGAAAAGCAGGGAGAACUAGGCUGAGCACUUUAAUUCUAUUAUCUGAAACAAACAAGCUCACUUAGUUGUUUAUAAAGCAGAGGCAGUGUUGUCCAAAAAUGGUUGCUAAAUUCUUUGGGACCUUCAAAAUUGAAGGGAAACUCCUAGCUCUCCACACAAACAGAUGUUAAUACCUGUGCUAAAAUAAGCACUACAAACAUGUACUGAAGUAUCUUCAAGUGUCUGGGGACAAAAAAUCAACAGCUGUCUUUCUUGCUGGCUGCUUAAUCGAAACUUUUAUCAAAAUGACAUUUUUGAUACUUGAAUUUUUUGAAGCUUUGUAUGUUGCUUCUACAAGAGUCUUUUUCUGAUAGAUACAAAUACUUUGAUAAGAUGUGUCAGAAUGUACUGUAUGGACAAUCUGCUAACAGGUAGCAUUUUGUAUUCUUCAGAAAUUCCGACCCUGUUUGAAUUAAGAGCAGUGCAGAAAUUUCUAUAAAGCUACACAUAGCAGUACAAAAGGUGGGACCUAAUACCCACUCCACUUACACCUGUGCAGCCACACUGAUGUCAGUAGAGUUACAUGGGUGUAAGUGGGAGCAGUAUUUGCCUUGGGAAUUGUAAGCAUAAGCUAACUGCAUGGUCUCACAACCAGAGGAGGCUAUUCAGGUCAUGAAACAGAUGUGCCAAGCAUCUGGGGAGAGAUUUCAGCUGCAUCAGAGUCUCCCUUAGCCUGUACUACCCACCUCACUAUGCAGUAUCCACUUUAGUUGCAACCAUCCAUCAACACCCUGGCUUGAAGAAAAGGGCAGUCUGAAGACAAGAGAAAGAAGGGGGAGAAAAGCAAAUUUUAAAAUUAACGAUCUGCGUAGUUGAAUCAUAAGCAGCAUUUGGGGGGUGGGAAUACUAAAGAGAAAAAACAAAUCUUGUUAUGCCGAAUUUUCUGAAGGUCUCCAAACUCUCCGCUCAGAAAAAUAAGAGGAAUCUUCCAAACAAGAGGGAGGAAAAAAAACAAAAAUAAAAAAAAACAAGGGAAACUAUUUAGCAGUCAACAUAAUUGACUGCUGCAUAAUAGAUGUUGUUGUACUGUGAAGUGGGAAAUUCAAAAGAAAAAUAUAAAUUAUUUCGAUUUUGUGAGUAUCUCAGCAUUUUGCAUGCUAUUGUAAGGAUUCUUAUAGGCAUUUACUAUUGUUAGCACCCCUCUUUUCUUAGGUCUGGGAGCAAAUCUCUGCGUGUUGUAAUGUACAACUAGAAAAUCUCUCGACUGUAUUUCCGCUACAUUCCAGUUUCCAAACCCCCUUGCUAUUCGAACCCCUGAGACAGAAAAGUGUGUGUAUUAGGAGGUGCUUGCAGGGGGAGGGUGAAGGGAAACAAUAACUUGGUUUAAAAAUGGUUGGUUUGUUUUUUUAAUUUUUGGCCUUUUGUAAAACUAAAGGUAAAAACUAGGCAAUCCUGAAAGAUAGUGUCUCAAGAAAAGGUUACAGACCAGUAACACACUCCAUCGUUUUCUGCUUUUAUGUACUUGUUUUGGUUUUUAAAUAGCAGCUCUGUAACAAUCCUCUUAGUCAGCUGCACAACCACCCACUCCUUUACAAAAUGCAAAUGUAUGUUUGAUAUUUUUGAGGCGGCAGCACUGCAGGUUUUUCUAGUUCAAAAAUUCGACUCCAGUCAGUGGUGAUCAUUUGCCCCUUUUGGUGUUUGUAAUCUGUGGGUGCAGUUUGCAGUGUUUAAACUGGAAAGCAAUACCAUAAUGACUGUGCCAAUUUACUUUUGCCUGACUUUUUUAUUUUUAUUUAUAUAGGAAGUAUAAUUUUAAUAUUAAGUUACCAAUUUAUAUUGUGUAACAAUAAGAAAAUUGCUUCUGCUUUGGUUACUGUUACAGGUUGUUGCUUUUAGUUUUUCAGUACAAUACAAUGCUUGAUUCUGCUGUAACCCUAUCUAACAUGCAGGCAUGUGGAUGAGAAGAAUUUUUGUAGUUAAUUUAACAUAACACACAAAUUAUUUCGGUUGAGUAUGAGUGUACGUUUUCCCCAAAGCUGGUAAUUUUGGGCUGGAGAAAUAGCACAUCCUAUGAUGAGGGUGAGACCGUUGAUUUAUUUGAAAUGUGAGAAUGGAGUAGUUGAGCUUCCCCUAGAGUUGUAAGCUUUACAAAUGGACGGUGCUUUCAGAAAUUCAGAAUUCACAAGAGGAUUUUUAUUUCCUCUGCCUAGUGAUCCAUUAAGAUUCUUAAGCCACACUAAACAAAAAGUGAUGGGCACAACCUAGCUUGGGCCAAAGUCCCUUCUGAUUACCACAGCUUCAUAUUUCUGGCUGAACUUCUUGAGAAAACCAGGCUCUCCCAUUUUACAUUUAAGAAGAUGCAACACAGAUGGUGUGACCGAGAAAACUGGCAAGAAUUUCCCCCUAAAGUUGAUUGUGACACGUGUUGGGAACUAAUACUUUUUUGGAUAUCAGCAUAUUUACCAGACCCUUCCAAGCCUGUAGCUUUCAGCUACUUUAAUUUGAAACCUUAGAACAUUCAUGUAGGAUUUUCCAGAUGAUUUGAGCAUUGUCUGUAUAUCACCAUUUGUUUAAAAAAAGCAACAGUCUCCUUUCAUUCAGAAAUAGCUUUGUUUUUGUUCCUUUCGAUUUUAUUUUAUAUGUUGAGUAGGCUUUUAAACCAGCAAAGUAAAGUAAUAUUGAGUAAAACGGGCAAAUAAACCAUGAAAAGUAGCUUUUGAGGAUUGAUAAAAAUUACUUAGAUCUGUUUCAUCUUUGUGUUCGUGUGUCAUUUUAUAUUGGGGAAAGUGUUUUAGUUGAAACCAAAUUGAAACAUAUUCAUUGAAAUGCUGCUGGUGAAUUUUACUCUUGCACAAUUUAAAGAGGUGAGGUAGUGGUUAGGCUAAAUCAGGCUGUACUUUUAUAUGCUGCUAACUUUCAUGUAUCAGCUAAGGGCAAAAUACAGCAAUGCUUGAUUACCUUCACUGAUGCUCGCUGCCUGCCUUCAUUCUGAGCUUCAGUUGCUAAGUGAAGUACAGGGCAAUCAAUAUGUAGCAUGUGAUGUGAAACUGCAACAUUUCUGUAGGCCACUAGGUGGUGCAACCACGGAAUCUGUUAAUGGGAGAUGCAGUAUUUUUACACUACUUACUCAUUUUAACUGUUCCCUAAUCUGAUCCACUGAUAUACUGUUAUGUUCACUUUCUGUAUAGGUUCAUUUAAACAAAUGUGAUGUUCUGUAAAGUGUAUAAAGGAUCUCCUAACUUGCUCAUUAUCCACUGCAACACUUACAGGCAUUAUGGUAUGUGUUCACUUCUCUCAACUGUGCCAUUCCUUGAAAAUGCAUAAGUGUAAAUUGAUCACUAUGGCCUUUGAAGGUGCUUAAAACCUGCAUCUUAAUAAUGGGAAAAUAACACCCUCCUAUCCAUCAUUUAUUUCAGUGCCUACUUAUGUACUAAGGUGACAUUAUUUUGGGGGCAGCAGUCCUACUUUGGAAACUUUUUAAAAAAGAAUUUGAAAUGUUCAAAUGAACUCUGCCCUUUCCUUUUUCCACUUGGAAUUUCAAAGGAGGAAGAAUUUUAUUACAGGAAGACAGAAGCGUUCACACUGUGCUUAUGUGCCUUGAAGAAAUAUGUCUUCUAAAUCAGUUACUUAGCAUUAAGACACUGAUCCAUACUAAGCUAGAAUGAAAAGUGAGUGUUAAGGCUCAGUAUAUAAAAGUUCUCAUUGAGUGUACCUAGGUUGACCUCAAAAUCAAAGGGAAUCUCCUUUAAAGGAAGCUCUUACAGCGGAAUAAUAAUUAAUAUCCACCCUCACGCCCCACCGAUUUUUGAGUAAGAAAAAUAAAAAUAUGAAAGAAGCAUGAUUAGGAAUCACACAAAUCACAUGGUCUGGCAAAAGAGAAAACAACCCCCUCUCCUUAAAAGUCAUAGAAAAAGCCUAUGCACCCAGAUGUACGCUGAGCUAAGACUGUAUUGUCAGUAAACUAAAACGUGAUUGUAUUCAGCACUUAGUCUGCCACUUAUGAUGUGCUGUAAUCCUUUUUUCUCGCUACUGAAAGCUGUUACAUUCCAAUGAUAGGUAUUCUGUCAGGUCACUUGUCCUCAAAUAUGGUUUUCUUUUGUUGGGGGGGUGGAAGCUCUACACAUUAGUGGUUGUAACAACAAAAAAGGAAGGGAGGAAAAAAGCUCAUAAAACCCAGUCCAGAACUAGAAAAUCCCCUGGAAGUUGAUUUAAAAAAAAAAAAAAAGAGCCAACCUCAACACUGUGAGCAUAAAAUGUCACAAUAUAAAAUAAUUGUGAAGUGGUCACAGCAGUAGGACCAAAACAACCUUGAUAUGGAGGCUAACUGAAACAUCCUGAGUCAUCUUCUCUCCUGGGCACGUCUCUAGGAAGUCCAGUCUGCCUUUCUAGGGCACACAAACCAUAGCAAUGGAACUGCCAACAAGCAGAAAAUAUGGAAGUGACUCAUGCUAUUCCCCCCCAUCCCUGUUGCUGAGUCUCUGUGCACUACUGUACUGUACUGAAAUCUUAGGUGAGGCCAUUGUAAAAUAAUGCCUAUGCAGGUGAUCUAUGCCUAUACUUUCCAUGUCCUUGGCUUUCCUUCUACCCCGGAAGGAGAAAGAAGCAUCUCUUUUCUAGCAGUAAUCUGAGCGACUUAAUGUCCAUGUACAGUGUAUAAACUGUCCUAUUGGCAGACCCAGUUAUAGUAUGGCUGUUCCCGGAUAUGUCUGAGACAGUUUAGACUUUGAGUGUACACUGGACCAACUGUGCUACCGCUUUGGACUUGCAAGGCUGCACCAUUGUUUAGAGACCUGAUUAAAACAGUUUGGUUGCAUUUACACCCUUAAGGAUCCAUGUUUUAAACAUAUCUGAAAAUUACAGUACUUCAACAAAGUGCCCCAGCAUAGGAGUAGUGUCUUAGGCCCUGUCUGCUCUACAGCUUGAUAUGUACUAACUACAGUUAUGUUCAAAUACUGUUGUCAAAAACAUUCCACAUGGAUUUGCCAGUAUGACGGCUGUUAGAACAGCUAUAGCAGUUUCUCAGUCCAGUGGAGACAGGCUAUUUUUUAAGUCAUAUUAGCCCAAGAUGUGCUCCAGAUUAACCAUCUAGCUACUCCAUAGCCCGGAUUCUGAAAGCAGUUGUAUCACAGGGCCUAGUCUUAUCUCCUAAUUUAUGUGUGGAGGGGAUCUUGUGUGUGUGGAACAUACCUUCUUGCAUGGAAGGGGAGUUGAGUUGUCUAAGUGGCAGGACCCCUCUGCUUAUCCCAGAUGCAAUGGAAGAUGCUCUGUGAGUCUGGGGUUCCUGCACGGAUAAUGGACAGGGCUUCCACGAAUAUUGAUCGCCUAUUGAUUCCCCAGAUCCCCACUGCUCCAAAGGGAUGCAUGGAGUUUAAGUGUGGGCCUCACCGCCUGUUCAGUAGAGGAGCAAAUCCACCUCUUCCUCCACCCCCAGUGGAAUCAUCAAGCAUCAAUCUUUGCAAAGAGAACCUCACAUUUCCUCCCUUUUAGGCCCAUUGAGGAAGCAACUGGGCCUGCAGUAAUGAAUUUGGGUGCAGACAUAAACUGUGUCAGUCAUGGUAAACUAAAACCAUAUUUGAAAACGGUUUCAAAUACUUAAUGCAGAAAGAGCCAUAACAAAUCCUUCACCGCAGUACUUCCUAGCCUAUCCCCUACCUGAUCCCUUCUUAAGAUACUCACAGCCUGAUAUCUUGGAUUGGGCUUCUCAUCAACUUUUAAAUGCUUGGGGGCUUGUCUUCACUACCCGCCUGGAUCGGCGGGUAGAAAUCGAUCUCUCGGGGAUCGAA